GUGUGUGUAAGUAGGUUAGCGGCGGCUGGCUGGGUGAAAAGUCUUGGCCCAGGGAGCUGGAGAAGGAGAAAGAAAGCUCGAGACAGCCUCAACCCGGACAGCAAGAUGGACGUUUUGAAAUCGGAGAUCCUCCGGAAGCGGCAGCUGGUGGAGGACAGGAACCUGUUGGUGGAAAAUAAAAAAUAUUUCAAGCGUAGUGAACUUGCAAAAAAAGAAGAGGAAGCAUAUUUUGAAAGAUGUGGCUACAAGCCUAUAAAUGAGAAGCCAUCUGGAGAGAUACAGCCAAAAGAUGAGGACCAGAAACCAUUAACUUCAUCGAAUCCAGUAUUAGAACUUGAACUGGCAGAGGAAAAAUUACCCAUGACUCUUUCUAGACAAGAGGUUAUCAGAAGAUUGAGAGAAAGAGGAGAACCAAUCAGACUAUUUGGAGAAACAGAUUAUGAUGCUUUUCAACGUUUAAGAAAAAUAGAGAUCCUCACACCGGAAGUUAACAAGGGAUUGAGGAAUGAUCUGAAAGCAGCUUUGGAUAAGAUUGAUCAGCAGUACCUCAAUGAACUUGUGGGUGGCCAAGAGCCUGGAGAAGAAGACACCCAGAAUGAUUUGAAAGUUCACGAAGAGAACACCACAAUUGAAGAAUUAGAGGCUCUGGGAGAGUCUUUAGGAAAAGGUGAUGAUCAUAAAGACAUGGACAUCAUUACCAAAUUCCUUAAGUUUCUUCUUGGUGUUUGGGCUAAAGAGCUGAAUGCCAGAGAGGAUUAUGUGAAGCGCAGUGUGCAGGGUAAACUGAACAGUGCUACUCAGAAACAGACUGAGUCCUAUCUCAGACCCCUUUUCAGGAAGCUACGGAAGAGGAAUCUUCCUGCUGAUAUUAAAGAAUCCAUAACAGAUAUUAUUAAAUUCAUGCUGCAGAGGGAAUACGUGAAGGCUAAUGAUGCCUAUCUUCAGAUGGCCAUUGGAAACGCCCCUUGGCCCAUUGGUGUUACUAUGGUUGGCAUCCACGCCAGAACUGGCAGGGAAAAGAUUUUUUCCAAGCACGUUGCACAUGUUUUAAAUGAUGAGACACAGCGGAAAUAUAUUCAGGGACUGAAGAGGUUAAUGACCAUUUGCCAGAAGCACUUUCCUACAGAUCCAUCAAAAUGUGUGGAGUACAAUGCACUAUGAGAUCUGUGUGCGGUGUGUAAAUAUCAAGAGAAGCUUAAGGAAGCCUGUCAUGGACUUCUGGAAUUACCACCAGUUGCAAUGAGGGAAGAAGAAAAAAGGAGUUUGUGGUCUCUGAGUUCUACCUAAUGCAGCUCUUGGUUUUAAGAACCUGUGUUGACUCUCAUGUCACAUCUGACUGCAGAGUGAUAUUUGUGUCUUACUUUUAAGUAGUCAAAAAAUUAAGUACUAAAGACUUUCCCCAGUAAUUUAAAUGUGUAAAUUUAAAACAGUCACAGGACACGGUUUAAAAUAACUUUUGCCCUCUAGACUUAAAAGUUGAAAUGAGAUUAAAGAGGAACAUUUGAGGAUGGACUUAAUGAUUUCUAUAAAAUAUGGUAAUUUU